AUGGAGUCCUCAAUGGCCUCUCUUAUUGCCACUCUUUUGGUGGUAACUAUCUCUCUCACCUUGCCAUCAGAAAUCACAGCAAACUACGCAUACUCCUCCCCUCCACCUCCUAAGAAAUCCCCACCACCACCACUUCCUCCUUACCACUACAAAUCCCCACCACCUCCUCCGGUACAUUCUCCUCCACCACCAUCACACCCAUACAAGUACAAGUCCCCACCACCUCCUCCGGUGCAUUCUCCUCCACCACCAUCACACCCAUACAAGUACAAGUCCCCACCACCUCCUCCGGUGCAUUCUCCUCCACCACCAUCACACCCAUACAAGUACAAGUCCCCACCACCUCCUCCGGUGCAUUCUCCUCCACCACCAUCACACCCAUACAAGUACAAGUCCCCACCACCUCCUCCGGUGCAUUCUCCACCACCACCAUCACACCCUUAUAAGUACAAGUCUCCUCCACCACCUCCGCCAGUUUACAAGUCACCACCCCCACCACCCAAGAAGCCGUACAAGUAUAAGUCUCCCCCACCACCUCCACCAGUUUACAAGUCACCACCCCCACCACACAAGAAGCCCUACAAGUAUAAGUCUCCCCCACCACCUCCAGUUCACAAGUAUCCUCCUCCUCCACUACCAGUUUACAAGUCACCACCCCCGCCACCUAAGAAGCCAUAUAAGUACAAGUCUCCUCCACCACCUCCUACUCCAGUUUACAAGUCACCACCCCCGCCACCUAAGAAGCCAUAUAAGUACAAGUCUCCUCCACCACCUCCUACUCCAGUUUACAAGUCUCCUCCACCACCUCAUCACAAGAAGCCAUACAAAUAUAAGUCUCCUCCACCACCAUCACCAGUACACAAGUCACCACCACCACCCCAUUACAGUUACGCAUCACCCCCUCCACCUCACCAUUACUAG